UGGGGGCGGAGCGAGGCGAGGAUUGACGGGCCAAGGACUUCCAAGCAGAACUGAGUGGCUGGAAUCUUGGCGUAGACGCCGAGUCUCAGGAUUCAGACUUUAAUGGAGAAACACGGGAGGAGUAAAAGCCGCAGCAACCCCAGCCGUCUUCUCGGGCGUGCCUCCAUCUCCCCACCCUCGGACCGAGCCGCAGCCCUCUCCCUUUCCAAGUGGCCCCACACCCAGGUCAGUCCCGCACUCCAGCCUCCUGGUCCCGAGAGGAGCCAGCGCAGGCCUCGUGGGGGGGCGGGGCGAGCGCCAGUGACGCGGCCGUUGCCAUAGGAACCCGCCGCCGGGCUUGGGCGCAGGAGCUGAAGCCCAAGCUGCCGCCCGCCUCCCGCGCCGGCCGUCCGCGCGAAUCGUGCGGCCCGGUUCCGGGGUGGCGGGCGCAGCCCGGCCACAGGGAAGCGGGAGCUACCUCCGAGUGAGGGUCGGCCCGGUGCGUCCUGCGCCGCCGCCCCUAGGUCCCCGAGGCCAAAACCGCGAGCGAGAGGACCAGCGCGGGGCAGCUACAGCCCUGUUCCCGGACCGCGCGCCCGGGCCCGCCGCCCAGACACAGACCACACGGUCCACCCCCGUCCCCGCGCCGCCGCCCUUGCGGCCGCCUCUGCCCCGGCCUCCACCGCAGCCUCUGCCGCCGCCGCCACUCCGGCCGCGACCCCAACCUGGGCCGCAACCCCAGCCCCGCCCCCGCCCCCAGCCGCGGCGCAGCCAGCCUCUGCCCAGGCGAGGACCCAGGUGCGGGCCCCGGAUGCCCAGCCGCGGCACGAUGCUGCCCAGCUCCAUCCAGAUCUCGGGGGAACCGCUGUCAGGCGCCGAGGUGCGGGAUAUCUGCCGCGGCCUGCGCGACAACGCGGUGCGCCUGCUCUCUCUGCGCGGCUGUCGUCUCUGCGACCGCGACUUCGGCCGCAUCUGCCGGGCUCUGGCAGGGGCCACGUCCCUGGCGCAGCUCAACCUUAACCUAGGCGUCGUGUCCAGCCCCAGCCGCAUCAAGCAGCUGGCGGAAGCGCUUCGGACCAACCGCUCCAUCCAGUCCCUCUUCCUACAUGGAAGCCCGCUGACAGAUGCGGGGCUGGCCUUGCUAAACCCAGCCCUGGCUCUCCACCCUGCCCUUGUGGCACUUGACCUGGGCGACUGCAUGCUGGGUGAUGAAGCCAUCAACCUCAUCUGUGGCCUCCUCCCUCCAGACGGUGCCAAGUCUGGCUUGAAAGAACUAACACUGAGCGCCAACCCUGGCAUCACCCCUAAAGGCUGGAGCCGCCUUGCCAUUGCUGUGGCCCACAGCUCCCAAGUUCGCGUCCUCAAUCUGGACUACAACCCCCUGGGUGACCAUGUGGCAGGGAUGCUGGCUGUAGCUGUAGCCUCAAGCCGCACCUUAGAGGUCCUAGACUUGGAGGGCACAGGGCUCACAAACCAGUCAGCUCAGACCCUGCUGGACAUGGUAGAAAAUUAUCCAACAGCUUUGCGGAGCCUGGUGCUGGCUGAGAACAGCAUUAGCCCAGAGUUGCAGCAGCAGAUCUGUGACCUCCUCUCUGAGGGGGAGGAGGAGGAGGAAGUGGCAGGAGGGACUGGUGACACCCAGGAAUGGGAGAGAGGACGGGAGCCUGCUGCCCACCAGAGGGGCAGCAGCUCCUGGAUGUGCCCCAGUGAUCCCAGCUCACAGAUGGUGCUAAUGACAUCAGGACUAGGGGAUAGUCUGUUGGCUGAGACCGAGAUGUGACUCUCCACUUGGCUGUGCAUCGUUUUUAUUUGUCUGUGUCCCCACUACCUUCCCCCUGAUGUCAGGGAAAGGCCCUGGGGCUAUGGUGGGGUGGUGGUAUACUGGGGCUCUGGCAGCUCCUGGCAGUGUGGUGGGAGGCUCUGGAAGCUGUGACUAGCUAAAAGCCUUGGGGUUUGGGCACUUGGACCUAGGGUAUUAACUUUGAAUUUGUUGGCAGCUCUAGCUGCAACCCGCUGGCUCGGAAGAGAUUUUAUAAACUCCACAACCUGG